AUGAGCACAAACAUCUCGGAGGAGUUCCAUAAUCAAGUAAGUAAUGCUAUCUACCAUGCGCCAAUGACCUCAACGGAACUUGGCACGGAACCCCAGGCGUUUUCACACCUACUAGACUUGUAUACGACAACACGAUGCCAAGCUGCCGUAGUUGAGCGAUCAGCCAAUGAACCCUCGCUACCUGCUGGUCUUGAUCAACUCACUGCUGAUGAGAAAGACUUAAUUCCCGGAUUUGAAUGGGAACAUGUGGAGAAGCCACAAUUCUCAGAGACACAAUCUUCUCUAUCAUCUAAAGAACUUGGCUGGUCUUUACUCACAUCAACAAAAACGUAUCAAAAGUCAAAAAGAGUUUCUUCCAACGCCAUGGAAAUCAAAUCUAUCCAGUGGGUGCCAGUGGACUCGAAAGGGGACAGAACCUUGCAAAGAGCUGUGCGACGUGGACCUUUCUUGAAUCAGAAGCUCCGUGAAGAAACCAGCAACACUCGAAAGCUAAACGCGUGUGUCAGGUGUAGAAUGCAAAAGAUUCGAUGUCAAAUUGAUCCGAAUAAUCCAACCGGGAUUUGCCAAACAUGCCAAGAUGUAUCGAGGCAAAGAAUCCACACGCUACCGUGCGUUCGCCAUAAGCUCACAGAUUGUGUUAUUUAUCGCACAGGGAAAGCAAAGGGAUUGGAGUUCACUUUCAGGUGGCCAGAGAUGAAGUUGAGGGAUAUCACUCAGUGGUCCAGCAGCAAAAAUAGGACCAUCAAAGUGCAGUCUGAUCUCUGCGACACUCCACUGGAGUUGACGGUUAGAAGGUUCGUCCCAAUUCCUCAGGAUGUAUUGCGCAAAUCUUGGAUGGAUGGCAAAAAGAAGAAAUUCAAAGAGACAACGCCAUACGCUAUUGUAAACAUGAUGGACGCGGUGAAGGUGAUGGGAGACUACAUCAAUAAGCACAUCUUCGAAUGCGUCGCAUACUGGCUAAAAGAUAAGGACGACUGGGUCCAAGAGACAUACAAAUUCGCUGCAAGAUACAUGGCCAAUGCUCCGCCGGAUGAGCAAGCACUUCUUAGUGAUACGUUUCGACUGUGGUUCGCAAUCCGACGGACUGCCACGACUGAACACCUCGUUGGGAAUGAUACUCUAGACAUGGAUCCAGAAGAUAAAGACCAUUCCUAUCCUCUAUUUGGAAAAGUUCCACUACCUCCUGUCAUGAUACAACAGCUGGAUAUGAUCCUCACUAUCGGCUUCUUGAAACCUCUUCGAAAAAAGUUUCUGGAAGACUUUCAAAAACUGACAAGGGCCAAUAAUCCGAAGAGCUGGAUGGCGAUUUACCUGAUCACAUUCAUCGCCUGUCACAGCUGUGCUGCAGUCACUGCCGAACAUUACAAGAACGCUAGAAAACAUGGCUUGAAGAGAAAAUAUGCAAUGCCGCACUUCAUUGCCGAGCGGCAUCAUAGUGCCAAUGUAUACUUGUCUCAUUAUCACUAUUGUACAAGCUCUCAUAAUCCUUUCUUGCUCAUAGAUAAUUGGGACAAGCGUGAGACUACGCAGUUUGCCGACAUGUCACCGACCGAGUUUCACUUCUUACGCAAGACCGCGAAGAUGGUGAAGGAGAGAGAGGAUCAAAUCAGAGAUAUCAAUAAGUUUCACUAUUACGAGGAUGAUCUGUACUUCGUAGCACAGAUGCACGAGAGAAAUUGGACGCCGAGGGAUACCAAGAUCGAUUACACUGAAGGGACGGUUGCAGAUGUGCCACUGAAAAAAUGA